CCUGGCGUUAGGAGCUCAUCCCUCCAGAGGCAUAGGAAGACUACCAUGCCCGUAGGUGUGGCUCCAGGCACCCAUUCCCAGCUCCUGAUGUGAGAUGGCGACUCCAGAGCCUCCGCUGGGAGGGACCCCCCGGCCUGGCCCCUCUCCUGGUCCCGGCCCUUCCCCGGGAUCCAUGCUGGGCCCCUCUCCCGGCCCUUCGCCCGGAUCCGGACACUCGGGACACUCGGGACAUGCGCUCCCGGCAGCAGGAUACGGCCCGGACACCAUCCACCCCCUGCACAAGCCCCUGGAUCCAAUGCAUGAGAAGGGAAUGUCGGAGGAUCCGCGCUACGGGCAGAUGAAGGGAAUGGGAAUGCGGCCAGGGGGACAUGCAGGAAUGGGCCCCCCACCCAGCCCCAUGGAUCAGCAUUCCCAAGGUUAUCCAUCCCCUCUGGGUGGCUCGGAGCACGCCUCCAGCCCAGUGCCAUCCAAUGGCCCCUCCAGCGGCUCCGCGGGCGGCUCUGGAGCGGCGCUGGAUGGCUCCGGCUCCGACUCGCCGGCGCUGGGCCGGGGCCCGUCCCCGUUCAACGCGGCGCAGCUGCACCAGCUCCGCGCCCAGAUCAUGGCCUACAAGCUGCUGGCGCGGGGGCAGCCGCUCCCGGAGCACCUGCAGGUCGCCGUCCAGGGAAAGCGGCCCCUGCCCGGGAUGCAGCCGCAGAUUCCUGCUCUACCUCCGCCCGCCGGCGCCGCACAGGGCCCGGGACAAGCGCCCGGAGCGGGGCAAGCGCCGCCCGGGUAUUCCAGACCUCACGGAAUAGGAGGGCCCAACAUGCCCCCUCCCGGACCCUCAGGAGUUCCCCCCGGCAUGCCGGGACAGCCCCCCGGGGGCCCCCCCAAGCCCUGGCCAGAAGGGCCGCUGUCGGCGGCGGCUCCGGGCGGGGCCCCCCAGAAGCUGCUGCCGCCACCCCCUGCAGGCCGUCCCUCCCCCGUGCCCCCGGCUGUGCCCCCAGCGUCCCCCGGGCCCCCCCCGCCCUCGCCGGGGCAGCCGGCGCCGCCUGCGCUCCCGAUCCAUCCCAAACAGAACCGGAUCACCCCCAUCCAGAAACCCCGCGGCCUCGACCCCGUCGAGAUCCUGCAGGAGCGGGAGUACAGGCUCCAAGCCCGCAUCGCCCACCGCAUCCAAGAGCUGGAAAACCUUCCCGGCUCCUUGGCCGGAGACCUGCGGACCAAAGCAACCAUCGAGCUCAAGGCUCUGCGGCUGCUCAACUUCCAGCGCCAGCUGCGGCAGGAGGUGGUGGUGUGCAUGCGGCGGGACACGGCGCUGGAGACGGCGCUCAAUGCCAAGGCCUACAAGCGCAGCAAGCGGCAGUCGCUGCGUGAGGCCCGCAUCACGGAGAAGCUGGAGAAGCAGCAGAAGAUCGAGCAGGAGCGGAAGCGCCGGCAGAAGCACCAGGAAUACCUCAACAGCAUCCUGCAGCAUGCCAAGGACUUCAAGGAAUACCACCGGAGCGUGAGUGGGAAGAUCCAGAAGCUGACCAAGGCGGUGGCCACGUACCACGCCAACACCGAGCGCGAGCAGAAGAAGGAGAACGAGCGCAUCGAGAAGGAGCGGAUGCGCCGGCUCAUGGCAGAGGAUGAGGAGGGCUACCGGAAGCUCAUCGACCAGAAGAAGGACAAGCGCCUGGCCUACUUGCUGCAGCAGACAGAUGAGUACGUGGCCAACCUAACAGAGCUUGUGCGGCAGCACAAGGCAGCCCAGGUGGCCAAGGAGAAGAAGAAGAAGAAAAAGAAGAAGAAGGCGGAGAACGCCGAGGGACAGGCUCCAGCCAUCGGCCCCGAUGGGGAGCCACUGGAUGAGACGAGCCAGAUGAGCGACCUCCCGGUGAAGGUGAUCCACGUGGAGAGUGGGAAGAUCCUCACCGGCACCGAUGCACCCAAGGCCGGGCAGCUGGAGGCCUGGCUGGAAAUGAACCCCGGGUACGAGGUGGCUCCACGCUCCGACAGCGAGGAGAGCGGCUCCGAGGAGGAGGAGGAGGAGGAGGAAGAGGAGCAGCCACAGCCAGCACAGCCAGCACUGCCCGUGGAGGAGAAGAAGAAGAUUCCAGAUCCAGACAGUGACGAUGUCUCGGAAGUGGAUGCCCGACACAUCAUUGAGAACGCCAAGCAGGACGUGGAUGACGAGUACGGGGUGUCGCAGGCGCUGGCGCGGGGGCUGCAGUCCUACUACGCCGUGGCUCACGCCGUGACUGAGCGCGUGGACAAGCAGUCGGCCCUGAUGGUCAACGGCGUCCUCAAGCAGUACCAGAUCAAAGGCCUGGAGUGGCUCGUGUCCCUGUACAACAACAACCUCAAUGGAAUCCUGGCGGACGAGAUGGGACUGGGGAAAACCAUCCAGACCAUCGCCCUCAUCACGUACCUCAUGGAGCAUAAGCGGAUCAACGGCCCCUUCCUCAUCAUCGUCCCGCUCUCGACUUUGUCCAACUGGGCCUAUGAGUUCGACAAAUGGGCUCCUUCCGUGGUCAAGGUCUCCUACAAGGGCUCUCCGGCGGCACGACGCGCCUUCGUCCCGCAGCUCCGGAGUGGAAAAUUCAACGUCCUGCUCACAACAUACGAGUACAUCAUCAAGGACAAGCACAUCCUGGCCAAGAUCCGCUGGAAGUACAUGAUCGUGGACGAGGGGCACCGGAUGAAGAACCACCACUGCAAACUGACGCAGGUGCUCAACACCCACUACGUGGCCCCACGGCGGCUGCUCCUCACUGGGACCCCGCUCCAGAACAAGCUCCCGGAGCUCUGGGCGCUCCUCAACUUCCUGCUCCCGACCAUCUUCAAGAGCUGCAGCACCUUCGAGCAGUGGUUCAACGCGCCGUUUGCCAUGACCGGGGAGAAGGUGGACCUGAACGAGGAGGAGACGAUCCUCAUCAUCCGCCGCCUGCACAAGGUGCUCCGGCCCUUCCUGCUCCGGCGCCUCAAGAAGGAGGUGGAAGCUCAGCUGCCAGAAAAGGUCGAGUAUGUGAUCAAGUGCGACAUGUCAGCGCUGCAGCGGGUCCUGUACCGGCACAUGCAGGCCAAGGGUGUCCUCCUCACCGACGGCUCCGAGAAAGACAAGAAGGGGAAGGGCGGCACGAAGACGCUGAUGAACACGAUCAUGCAGCUGCGCAAGAUCUGCAACCACCCCUACAUGUUCCAGCACAUCGAGGAAUCCUUCUCGGAGCACUUGGGGUUCACGGGCGGGAUCGUGCAGGGGCUGGAUUUAUACCGUGCCUCCGGGAAAUUUGAGCUCCUGGACCGGAUCCUGCCCAAGCUCCGGGCCACCAACCACAAGGUGCUGCUCUUCUGCCAGAUGACCUCCCUGAUGACCAUCAUGGAGGACUAUUUUGCUUACCGCGGCUUCAAAUACCUCAGGCUGGAUGGGACCACGAAGGCAGAGGACCGGGGAAUGUUGCUGAAGACAUUCAAUGAGCCAGGCUCCGAGUAUUUCAUCUUCCUGCUGAGCACGCGGGCCGGGGGGCUGGGGCUCAACCUGCAGUCAGCUGACACCGUCAUCAUCUUCGACAGCGACUGGAACCCACACCAGGACCUGCAGGCCCAGGACCGGGCCCACCGCAUCGGGCAGCAGAACGAGGUCCGCGUGCUCCGGCUCUGCACCGUCAACAGCGUGGAGGAGAAGAUCCUGGCGGCCGCCAAGUACAAGCUCAACGUGGACCAGAAGGUGAUCCAGGCCGGAAUGUUCGACCAGAAAUCCUCCAGCCACGAGCGCCGGGCGUUCCUUCAGGCCAUCCUGGAGCACGAGGAGCAGGAUGAGGAGGAGGACGAGGUGCCCGACGACGAGACCGUGAAUCAGAUGAUCGCCCGGCACGAGGAGGAGUUCGACCUGUUCAUGCGCAUGGACCUGGACCGGCGGCGGGAGGAGGCGCGGAACCCCAAGCGGAAGCCGCGGCUGAUGGAGGAGGACGAGCUCCCGUCCUGGAUCCUGAAGGACGACGCCGAGGUGGAGCGGCUCACCUGCGAGGAAGAGGAGGAGAAGAUGUUCGGCCGCGGCUCCCGGCACCGCAAGGAAGUGGAUUACAGCGAUUCCCUCACGGAAAAACAGUGGCUCAAGGCCAUCGAGGAGGGGACACUGGAGGAGAUAGAGGAGGAAGUCCGGCAGAAGAAAUCCUCUCGGAAGCGGAAGCGAGAGCCCGAGGGUCCCACGGGGCCCCCCCCAAGCGCCCGGAGCCGGGAUAAGGACGAGGAGAGCCGGAAGCAGAAGAAGAGGGGCCGGCCCCCGGCUGAAAAACUGUCCCCAAAUCCACCCCCCCUCACUCGGAAAAUGCGGAAAAUCGUGGAUGCAGUCAUCAAGUACAAGGACAGCAGCGGGCGACAGCUGAGUGAAGUUUUCAUCCAGCUCCCAUCCCGCAAGGAGCUGCCAGAGUACUACGAGCUCAUCCGGAAACCUGUGGACUUCAAGAAGAUCAAGGAGCGGAUCCGAAACCACAAGUACCGGAGCCUCAACGACCUGGAGAAGGACGUGAUGCUGCUGUGCCAGAACGCCCAGACCUUCAACCUGGAGGGGUCCCUGAUCUACGAGGAUUCCAUCGUGCUGCAGUCCGUGUUCACCAGCGUCCGGCAGAAGGUGGAAAAGGAGGAGGAAAGUGACGGAGAGGAGAGCGAGGAGGAGGAGGAGGGAGAGGAAGAAGGAUCCGAGUCCGAGGCCCGCUCAGUGAAGGUGAAGAUCCGUCUGGGCCGAAAGGAGAAGGUUCCGGAGCGUGGGAAGGGCCGGCGCCGGGGGGGGCGGGGGGGACGCCCCAAACCCCUCCUGAGCGACGACGAGAGCGAGGACGAGCAGGAGGAGGAUCGCUCCGGCAGCGGCACCGAGGACGACUGACCCAAACAUUCCACGGCUCCAGAAUUCUGCGAAACCCCAGAGCCCCCUGCCCCCACUCUCCCCUGUAGCUCCGACGGCAGCGACACCGGAAUUCCCAAAAUCCCGAAAAUCCCAAAAAACCACGUCCAACCUCGUCCGUAUUUAUACCAGAACCGGCACUGCCGCAGCCACCGGAGCUCCCAGAUCAUCCCGGAUCCAGGUGGUCCUGGAUGGUCCAGCUGGGCUUAUCCCAAGUUGUUUCAGAUGGUCCCAAGUUGUCCCUGCUCAUCCCAGAUCCAGAUUGUCCCAAGUGGUCCUGGGCUGUCCCAGAUUCAGAUGGUCUCGAACUGUCCAGGGCGAUCCAGACCAUCCCGGGUGGUCUUUGGUCCUCCUGGAUCAUCUGAGAUCAGCCCAGAUUGUCCCUGGAUUGUCCUGGAUCAUCCCAGCCUGUCCUGAGUGGUCCCAAUCUGGAUCAUCCUGGGUGGUCUCAGGUUGUCCCGGACCACCUUCCAUCCCCUGGGAUCCUCCCGGCUGAUCCCAGUCCCACCUCCCUGCGUUGUCGCUGUCCCUGGAUUCCCAGCAGUCGAUAAUUAAUU